AGCGCAUGCGCGCAACCGUCUAGUUCAGUGGUAACACAGAUAAUUUUUAUGGCAGUGGUGACAAAAAAGUGUGGUGACUUCCAUUGUACGAGGAACAGAGGAUGCUCGCGUUCUACUCAACAUGGCUGGGUAAUACCGACCUUACGAUGAAAUCAAUAUGUAACUGCAUCAAGACGCAACUCUGCACACUAGCCGUCUCCCUCACACUGUUCAACACGGCCAGACUGCCACGGGAGGCGUUCAAAUAUGGAGCAGUUCCUUACCUGGUGGUCUACACAUUUUGGCUGCUGGCUGUGGGGCUUCCAACGUGUUUACUGCAAUUGGCGAUGGGGCAGCUGAGUCAGCAAGAUCCUAUAGGGGUGUGGAGAGCCGUUCCGUUUUUAAGAGGGGUGGGUCAUCUGAAGGUGCUGACGUCAUAUCUGUGUUGUGUUUACAACAUCAUGUAUAUAGCUCUAUCCCUGGCGUUCUUCAUUUGGAUCGCAAAAGGCUCACUGCCCCUGAGAGAUUGCACGAGGUUGCAUAUCACACAUCAUGGUUAUGAAAACAAAAUGUCGGCAGCAGAAUGUUUUAAUUCUACAUUUCUGUCCUCUUUCACGGAUAACCCACAAUACUUCGGAAUUAUGUCGAUUUUAAUGUUCUUUUUAUGGUUCUUCGUGCCACUAUUAUUAUACCGCCUACAGAAGUCAUUGAAAGCCUCUUUAGCAGUAUUAGCACCAGUUACAAUUGUUUUAGCGGUAGUAUUAUGUGUGUUUUUAUCAGAUGUAGAAUCACUAAAACCUUUAUUUGAAUCCUGUAUGAAGUGGGUACCUAUAACGCAUCCACGAAUAUGGCAUAGUGCGUUGAUUCAGGCGCUCUUGUCAACGCAUAUAGCUGGAGGGUUUCUGGUUAGUGCCGGUGGGAAAAUAUAUGUGAAUUCUGACGUGAGAUGGACAACUACUUCAGUCAUAGUUACAAAUAUUUUAUCUGGCUGGAUUUGGAUUCUUGUUUGGGAAUCCAUUUUAGGAGAAGCUAAAACUGACACCAGCUUUAUAUCAAUUCUAGUCUUAAUAUAUCAAUCAAAUAUUGGAAGGAGGAUGAGAGAAUGGCCUAUGCUCGCUUUCGGAUUAGUUGUGGUGUCAGGCAUGAUUACAGUGCUGACCCUAUUAUUCCCAAUUUACGAUAAGAUUCAAAGAGUAAGCAGUAUCAAUUGGAGGCUCUUUGCAGCUUCAACAUCAGCUGUCGGUACUGUGCUAAGCGUAGCUGUUCUAGCCAAAGGUCUGGAGGUGGCUACUUUAUUGGAUGACCUCGUGAUACCAGUGUUAGCUGUGUUCACCACUGCCGUAGAAAUUGUUGGAUUAGUUUUUAUUUACGGAUGGUAUAAUCUAUCAGUCGACAUAGAAUUCCUCACGGGUUGCAAACUUCCUUGCAUCUGGACUGCCAUCUGGUGGACGAUCCCGGUGUUUCUGCUCAGCGUGACAGGCUGGUGGCUUCGAGCCAUACUCCGGAUUACCUGGUCUCAGAACCAGUCCAUGUGGCCGCUUCUGGGAGUGUUCAUAGGAAUUAUAGUGGUAAUGGUGGUUGUGGCUGCUAUUGCUGUAGCUAAAGAAGAGCAGUAUAAUUUUGUAGCUAAAGUAGCAUCAGCCUUCAGAUCAUCCAGACUUUGGGGUCCCGAAGAGCCAAUGGCAAGAUACAUUUGGAUGUCAAAAAGAUACGCCGCAGACGCUCAAUACUCCGACGACACUAAUUCAGAUCCAAUCAACUACUCCGAAAUGGUUUACAACAGAGAUAAUGAGAAAAAAUAUGACAACGAAUGGACGAAAAUCAAUGAAGCAUACCAAAGAAACUUCUUUUAUAAUACAAACAAUGAUAUUUUACCCACAAAACAUAUGGGGUACAAAGAACCAGGUAUUUACACUACGUAUUCUGUACCACGAGGUAAGAGAAAGAAAAAGGACGAUGAGAAAUUUCGAUCGCCAAAUAUUUGCGUAGCCAAAGACCAGUUAGGUGGGUCUUCCAACUGUAAUUGUAAUAGACAUUUCCAAUUAAAAGUUCCCGAUUUGAGGAAAACAGAAAUAACUACUAGUUUGUAAAUUUACAUUAAGAAGCCUAAUAAAAACAAAACUGUAACCAAUUCUUAGUAACACGAAGUAUAAUCUAGAAAUAAUGUCAAUUAUCUGUGAAUAGUGUGAUGAAUUCUUGUUCAUUAGACUUAUCAAUAUAUAUAGAUAUAACAAUAUUACAAGCGUCAAUUGAAAUAGCCUUGAGAUCAGUUAAGUCAACUGAAUCACUUGAGAAUAUGAAUGAAAAACUUGUUAUGUACAACGAUGUGUUUUGCCUAGUCGCCUUAUUUAUAAAUGAUAAUCGUGAUAAAAUAAAAACAUUAAAACGUGAA